AUGGAAGAAACACCAACUGACAUUCCUCACUUAAAGAACAACCCUCAGGAAAUAUUCCACGGCUCGGGCCAUAACGAACGAUUCCUCUUCGGCGUGCAACCAUCACCUGUCUCGAAAGAAAACGCCAGAGCGCAUCAUUUGCGCGUUCUGCUCGUCGAGGGAUGCUCCGCUGAGCGCCGGUGGGGCAUUGUGGCGUCAUUGGGGGCGUGUCCUCUGCGCAGAAUCGGCAGUCCGCGCAUGCGCGCUGUGGCGUGUCAGCGAGGCAAGAUGGCGGCCCUCAGAGCGGGUCUCCUGACCCGAGCUCUUACUAAAGGAAACACACCGGGAAUCCCAAACAUUAUCCUCGGAACAAGAGCAGCAUCUGGUCCCUCUAAGGACAUGUUGCCCGGUUCGUACCCCAGAACCCCUGAGGAGACGGCAGCAGCAGCCAAGAAAUACAACAUGACGCUGGAAGAUUACAAACCUUAUCCUGAUGAUGGCAUGGGGUACGGUGAUUACCCCUUGCUUCCGGAGCGAUCGCAGCAGGAGAGAGACCCCUGGUAUCAGUGGGACCAUCCUGAUCUCAGGAGGAACUGGGGAGAGCCGUCGCGAAGAAAUUGAGGAAAACGUUCCAGGAUUUGUGACCCUGUCUGUGAAAUCCAGGCUAAAGUCUCAAAAUCUAAU